GUCUGUAUUUCUGGACGCGUCUCUUAGCAUUCCACCCCGCAAUCUUCCAUCCACGACCCAUCCGCCGACCUACGCAAAGCAAAGCAAAACGAAACAGUGCACGAUAGUAACUCCACACCCACAAACGGAAUCAUGACAUCAUACGGCGGCGGCGGCGGCUACUCGCGCAACAACUAUGGCGCCCAGGGCGGUGACGACGCCGGCGGCUUUAUGGGAGGGUCGCAAACGGGCAGCCAAGGCGGCGGCGCUGCUCCAAAGAACUACUCGGACGACUCGCUGCGCCCCAUUACGCUCAAGCAGCUGGUGGACUGCAAAGAGGCGUACCCGGGAUCUGAGCUCAAGAUCGACAACGCGCCGGUGACGCAGGUGACGGUGGUGGGGCAAGUGCGGGCGGUGAACCCGCAGACGACCAACAUUACGUACAAGCUGGACGACGGCACGGCCGUCAUGGACGUCAAGAAGUGGGUUGACGCCGAGAAGGCCGACGAUAGCGACCCCAAGUUCGGCCCCGACGCCUACGUGCGCGUGUGGGGCCGCCUGACCAGCUUCAACGGCAAGAAGCACAUUGGCGCCCACAACAUCCGCGCCAUCGAGGAUUUCAACGAGGUCAACUACCACAUGCUCGAGGCCACGUACGUGCACCUGUGCCUGCUGAAAGGCAUGCCGAACGGUCCGGGGUCCGGGGGAGGGGACCAGGGCGGCGGCGCUGGCGGUGGUGGUGGUGGGGGCGACAGCAUGUUUGCCGACGGCGGCAACGGCAGCAGCGAGGCGGCCGGCGGCGGACACACCGCGCGGCUGGCCACCGUGUCGCGCAACGGAAGGACCAUGUUCAACUUCCUGCACAACUCGCCCGGCGGCAACGAGGGCUUGCACCUCAACCUAGUCGCCCAGGGCACGGGCCUAUCGGUGCGAGACGUCAUCGGCGCCGCCGACGAGCUGCUGGGCAACGGCCUGGUCUACACUACAGUAGAUGACGAGACGUGGGCCAUCCUGGACUACUAG